GCGGGCGGCGCGGCCGAGCUCGGGACUGGGGCUGCGGCCGGGCCAUGGGCGUCCUGAGCCCCUGGCGCCUGGCGGGUGGGGGGCGGGUGCUGCAGCUGCUGAGCCGCCCGGGCGCCCCCCGCCGCCCGCAGGAGCCGCAGGACCCGCCCGCCAAGAGGGCCCGCGAGGAGCCGGGCGGCCCGGCCGCCGCGCCGCUGAGCCCCGAGCAGCUGGUGCGCAUCCAGAGGAACAAGGCGGCCGCCCUGCUCAGGCUCGCCGCCCGCAACGUGCCGCCGGGCCUGGGCGAGAGCUGGAAGCAGCGGCUGGGCGCCGAGUUCGGGAAGCCCUACUUCAUCAAGCUCAUGGGAUUUGUGGCCGAGGAAAGAAAGCAUUACACGGUAUACCCACCGCCGCACCAAGUCUUCACCUGGACCCAGAUGUGUGACAUAAGAGAUGUGAAGGUUGUCAUCCUGGGACAGGAUCCUUAUCACGGACCCAAUCAGGCGCACGGGCUCUGCUUCAGCGUUCAAAGGCCUGUUCCUCCUCCGCCCAGCCUGGAAAACAUUUAUAAGGAGCUGUCUACAGACAUAGAUGGUUUCGUGCAUCCUGGUCACGGAGAUUUGUCGGGGUGGGCUAAGCAAGGUGUCCUCCUGCUCAACGCCGUGCUCACCGUCCGCGCCCACCAGGCCAAUUCCCACAAGGAGCGCGGGUGGGAGCAGUUCACCGACGCCGUCGUGUCCUGGCUGAAUGAGAACUCCAGCGGCCUCGUCUUCUUGCUCUGGGGCUCCUACGCCCAGAAGAAGGGCAGUGCCAUCGAUAGGAAGCGGCACCACGUGCUGCAGACGGCUCACCCCUCCCCGCUGUCCGUGUACCGGGGUUUCUUCGGGUGUAGACAUUUCUCGAAAGCCAACGAGCUGCUGCGGAAGUCCGGCAAGGAGCCCAUCGACUGGAAGGCGCUGUGACCACGCAGGGGCCGUGGGGGCAUCGCCGUGGGGGUUUUAUCGAAGCUACUGUUCAAAUGUCUGCCUCGUAGGAAGUUGGGUUGAAGGAAGAGGUCGGGGGGGAGGGAAAUGGUUCCCCUCUAGCCCUCGGCUGAUGGGAAGAAGUUUCCGGAAAGCAACCUUGAACCCGGCUGCACAGGCCUUGCACUGUUUCACCGGCCAGAGAAAGACGACGAGACUUUUUCUUGCCCCACUUCUGUCCGCACUGGGGCUGGGCACGAGAUGGCACGGUCUCCACCUGCCGCCCGAGGGCAGAGGGCAGAGUUGGUGCUCGGAGCCGGGCACCUGGGCCUAGCCCCAUGUUAGGGGAGCCUGAGGCCCGCCCUGUGGUGGGUGAUAGGCCACCGUGUGCCUUGCCGGGAGGGCGGCUUGCUCCCUCCCGGGGAAAAGGGCCUUCUAGGUCUACGAGGCUGGGAUUUUUAAGGCAGCGUAAACUGCCACUGUAUUUUUGGUUUUUGUUUUAUUUUAUGGACUGAAGUUACUUUGGGAUUUUUAUUUUUUUAUUUUUAUUUUUUGGUGGUGGGUUUUGGGAUUUUUGGGUUUCUUUUUUCCCUGGAGAAUUUUGCUUUUGUUAAACCAAGGCAGAUGUACUUAGCUGUGUUUUCAGUCCCUGGGGAGAAUCUUUUGAGUCUGUGUCCCGGCCUCCGUCCCAGAGACGCUUCUGGGUUCCCUGAUGGCUGGCCACAGGACUUGGUAAUAAAGAUUGUUUACAAUG